AUGGAACAGAGCAGCGCGGUUCCAGGUCGAGACAUCCAACAACCGAGCGGACGGCUGCUCAUCCUUUCCAUCGAUCAGCGUUGUUCCGGUCGAGGACGGAGAAGAAUAAAACAAGCAAGCGCGGAAAGCAGCGGCGUUGCCGUCGCGUCGAGGAGAAGACCCACAUGUGUCAACAAGCUCAUCGACGAUCUGGGAUCAGUACUGCAAGACCAGCUUCCAUGCACGUCGAAGUCUGUAGAGCACAGCACUAGUGCUGCGACGGAGAUUGGUACUGAGCUUGUCAGUGGGGAACACGAAGGAUCCCGCAUCGAUUCCGCACUGCCCAAGCUGCGGGUAGAAAAGUCUGCUGCGCUUCUCUGUUUGCCAACUACGUGUAACGACUUGGAAGACAUAUAA